AUAGUUGUGGUCGGUACAAAGAAGACAAAGAGCAAAACGCUGAGCGUGCAAAGCGGGAUCUUUACCGAUAUAUGCACUAUCAUAACCGUUACAAAGCUCAUACUGAUUCCUUUAAGCUUGAAAGUAACUUAAAGGAGAGUAUACAAAAGAAGGUGGCAGUUUCAGAGGAGAAGGACUCAAGGCUCAGGGAUUUCAGCUGGGUAAAUAAUGGACUCUCCAGACUUUUCAGGUCAAGGAGAGUUCUUUCAUAUUCAUACCCAUUUGCUUUUUACAUGUUUGGAGAAGAGCUGUUUAAGGAUGAGAUGACAAAGGAGGAAAGGGAAAUAAAACAGCAUUUGUUUGAGGACCAGCAGCAGCAACUUGAGGAAAAUGUUGAGAAAUUAUCCAAGUUCUUGGAGGCACCUUUUGAUGAUUAUAAUGAGAAUGAAGUUAUGGACAUAAGGAUGCAAGUGAUCAAUCUCUCAGCAAUCACUGAUACCCUCUGUCAGAAAAUGUAUGACUGCAUUGAGAGUGAUCUUUUGGGUUCUCUACAACUUGGUAUCCACAAUAUAGCUCCUUACAAGUCAAAGGGCAUUGAGAAGGCAUCAGAACUUACUGUUUGUUGGGUCAAUAAAGCUAAUAAUGUUGAUAAAGAUCUACGAUUGCAUUGUGGCACAAGUGGAGGAUCAACGGAACCAGAACAACCUUCAGGUUCUGGAAGUUCAGAUGAGAGUGGAUGCUCUUCUCGAAAGCGUGCUAGGAAGGGGGCUCUUGGAGGUGGGUUUUUUGAUCUGAACUUGCCGGCAGAGGUUAUUGACAAAUCUGAUUCUUGAAAGCUGCAGGCUUCAUGCAGAAAAGGUGUACAGUCUCUAACGUAAGACUCUAUUUUUCUAUGACGGUAUCGUCAUUAUUAAACUCCCAAGUACUUAACGUUUCUAGCUCCCAAGUAUUUUGCGUUUUCCCCAUUCUUAUCCUUUUUGUUGCCAUUGGUCUCUAUGUGAAGAGAAAUUUGGAGUUCUCUCUUUGAAAAUACCUACUUUGUAGAUAAACGUUUAUUGGGAUCUUUUUGGGGGAACUAAAUUUGUAAAUUGUCCGACUGAAACUUGAGCUAUUCUUAAAUAGUAUUUUGGGAUAUAUUCAAAAAUUUUGGAGACUGGAAA